AUGCCGUACAACACGACGGUCAACCGCUUUGCGCGGACCGCAAUGCGAAACCUGGAGGGGCCUCAAGCGCGCUUCAUCAUGUACAUCGGGCACUCCGACGCCGCGAACUAUGUGGCCGACGAGGGCGAGCGGCUGCUAUUGUCUACGCUUCUUGGGGCGACCGGCGCACCGCAACACAUCCGCGAGCAUCAGAACGACUUCUUGGGGCUGGAGGAGGGUAAAUAUGUGGCCCCAACAGCCCAUCUUGCUGCUGUCAUCCUCAUUUCGGCGCUCACGCUGGCCCUGAUCAUCGGUCUGGCCAUUUAUUUCGUCGCUGGCAGGCGUCGCCUGACCACCGCGCGCCUCCACUGGGGCGACCCACCGGAGCAGACCGCAGAGUAUAUUGAGCGGCAGCAGAAUCUGACGGAUGCCCACAAAACGAUCAUCGAGGGCAACAAACUGGACUACCCGGGGGCGGUGAAGCAGCUGCGCGACAUCUGGUUGCCGAACCCGAUGCGCGAUUUCGAGGAUAUCUACGAAGCCGAUUGUCGCGUUCCACCAGACACCAAAUACAAGGACGAGGCUACGCAGAUGCAGCAACUUGAGAAGAUUCUGAAGCCCAACCCGAAGCGCGUCCUGUUGAGGGUGAAGCAGCAGGACGGAGCA